AUGCCGCUCGUCUUCUCGACGACUGCGGGCGGGCUGCGGUUGCGGGACGUCGAGACGGGCGGCGGCAGAGAGGCUGCAGCGGGCGACGUGGUGCGAGUUCUCUUUAGCGGGUCGCUGCUGUCGGGUGCGGAGGGCUGGAGCGUGAGCGAGCGCGGCGAGACUUUCGCCAUCGGCAGAGGCAACUCGGCAAUGUGGGAGGAGGUGGCGGUCGGCAUGCGCGUCGGGGGGCGACGGACCGUGCUCGUGCCGCCGUCCGCGUCCCUCCGCCCGAGAAAAAAGGGGCGCGCGCUGCUGGCGCCUCCCGGCGAGACGAUGCGGUUCGAGUGCGAGCUCCGCGCCAUCGAGUCGGGCGUGACCGCCCUCGCCGCCUGCUCGCCCGGCCGGCUGCUCGAGUCUCGCGCGCAGCUCGACCUCGCCGUGCAGGCUUGCUCCGUGCAGGCGUGGCCAGAGGCGCUCGAGCUAGCAUCCGACCCGCUGCUGGACGCCGCUUCCCUGCGCGCCUCCCUCGCCGCUUGUUCCUCCCCUCCGGCGCCCUCCCCUCUGGCGCCCUCCCCUCCGGCGCGCGAGGCCGCGCUGCUCGAGCGGCUCGACGCGCUGACGUCCCUGCUGCGCGAGGUUGCGCCGCGGGGCAGCGCCGGCCCGGAGGCGGUGCGGGCGAUGAGCCUGGGCACCGCGGCGCGCGCCGACCUCGACGAGGCCCUCCGCAGCCGAGGGAUCGACGACGGCGGCGGCGGGGCGCCAGCAGACCAGCAGCCGUCUCCGCAGCGGCGCCGGCCGGCUCGGUCGGGUCCGCCCGGCAUGAGCCUCGCCGGCCCCGAGCCCUCGCCCGAGCCCUCGCCUCGCGUGCCCUCCGUCGUGGUGUGCGGACUCGACUGGACGCUCUGGCCGCGGCCGCGGGUCAAGUCUUCCGGCGUCGCCUGGGCGCCGGCCGAGGGAGGCGGAGGCGGGCUGCGCUCCCCGUGCGGCGCGCGGCUCGACCUCUUCCCUGGCGCGCGGGCGGCGCUGGCGGCGCUGGCCGACGGCGGCAUUUCCCUCGCCCUCGCGUCGCGCAGUCACCGGCCGGAGUGGGCCGUCGAGUGGCUGCGCUCGCUCCGUGUGGGCGAGAGGAGCGUGGCCGAGCUGGUCGGUGGGUCGCCGGUGCUCUUUCGCGACGGACCAAAGGCGCUGCACGUGCGAGAGAUAGCGGAGCGGGUGGGCGUUGCGGUGGAGGAGGUCCUGUUUUUCGACGACCGCCUCUCGGACGUGGUGAGCGUCCGUCGGGAGGGCGCCACCGCGGUGCACUGCCCGGGCGGCCUCAGUGAGGAGAGGCUGCGCGAAGGCCUCGCGCUGCACGCGGACCGGGAGGGAGGCAGCGAGGGAGGCAGCGAGGGAGGCAACGAGGGAGGCAGCGAGGGAGGCAGCGAGGUAGGCAGCGAGGGAGGCAGCGGGCCUCGCACCGGCACGCGCGGGCGAGUCGCGAGGCGGCGAGGGCGCGCCGCCCGCCGCCGCUCCUCGGCAGCGCGGCUGGUCCUGCGGGCGAGCGACGAGGCGGUCGUCAUCGAGCAGUGCGAGACGCUCGCGGACGGUCGCCUCACCGGCGUGUGCUCCGAGGGCGGCGCUCGGAUCUGGCUCCCGCCCACAGCCAGAGGCUACAGACUCGGCGGGCCUCGAGAAACGGCGAGGGGAGGGGCGGCGGCGGACGCCAGCGAGCUGUCCUCGCGCCGCCGUGCGCGGCUCCGGCGGGUCCGCGAUGCGAGCGCCGCGCGGGCCGCCAUCGCGGGGCUGCUGCUGUGCUUUGCCGCCGGGUUUGGGCUCGGCAGCCACGCGCCGGGAGCCGUCCCGCCGCCGCCGCCGCCAGCGACCACGACCGCCGCGGCGGCGCCCGCGUUCGAGCGGCUGGGGCGAGGUCUGACGACGGGCGAGCAGCUGGCUCGGCAGCAGUUUCGCGUCGAGGCGGACAAGGCGGAGCUGCGCGACCUCGAGGCGGCGAUACGGAGAGAGGGGCUCCUCGUGGGCAGGAAGUCGCAUGCCGAGCGGGCGCAGGCAUACCGCGCGGCGCUGCAGGCCGAGCAGCCGGCGGCGGAGCAGAGGGUGGAGGAGGAAGUGCUCGCGUUCAAGACGCGGCUCGACGCCGAGGGCAGCACCGUGCAGGCGCGGCGUCGGGCCGCCAUCAGGAAGAUGCAGCUCCAGGUCCUCCAGGACGAGGAGGGCUUGCGCGAGAUCUCGAGGGUCGUGGCCGAGCGCGGGCCCGCUGCCCAAGCGGUCCAGCUCGGGGUCUUCGCGAGUGAUGGACAGCGGAGAACGGCAGUGAGCGACCGCAUGGUUGGUGGACCUGAGCUCGGCAAGAGAGCUGGCCGCGCUGGUGUCGUCCCGUCCCCAGUCUUGCUGUGGAGCGCGCAGUACAGUAGUGCUAAGCCGCUGCGGCUGGCGAUGAAGAUGUGGCACAUCGCCGCCUCGCAACAUCCGCGCCUCCUGGGCCGCCUGGAGAUCGCCGUGGUGACUCCAACCCUCGAGGAGGAAGACCUGCAGCCCCUCGAAGAUUUCUUGUGGCAAUCUCUCGGACACGCCAGCCGCGGGGGUGAGAUCGAAAUGGACCGCAACUUCUUUGCUCGCGCCGUAAAGCGUGCCGGACUGCUCCGACGGCUUGUCGAGGGCGAGCCGAUAGACUCCUCCGGCCUGACUGCUCUCACUCGCAAUGCAUUCUUCGGGAUGGCACACGUGGUUAGCAUCAUGCUGCUCGCCGGUGCUGACGUCAACGGCCGCACCGCGGGUGGGGACACGGCGCUGCACAUCGCCCUCGACCAGUGGUCCCAGAAGCAGACCAGCUUCCACAGGAAUAAGUGCGCAGAUCAUGACCAUGACCGCGUCGUCCACGAGCUCCUAGCGCACCCGUCGCUCGACAUCAGCGCGACAGACGGGGCUAGCCGGUCGUUGGUGGUGGCGGCGGUGCAGGCGCGACACCUCUUCGCGCUGCAGCAGCUUCUACGCCCUGGCGCGGCGGUGACGGCUUCACCAGGAUUCAUGAGGACUGCACUUCACGAGGCCACCGAUGCCUCGAACGUCCUCAUCACCGCGUCGAAGUGGAAGAUUCGGCACUCCAGCCACUACGUGGACAGCUCUAGCUUUAACUUGUACGACGACUCUUACACGCACAUCGAUUCAGCUGCGCUGCGCGCCGAAAUCUUUGAGUGGAAUGCCCAGUUCGUCGACACACUUCUGGAGGCCGGGGCCGACGUCGACGCCGCAGACCCAUUGGGGCGCACUGCGCUCCACUACGCUGCCCGCCUAGGUAAUGGCCCGGCCGUGCGGCUGCUUCUUGGCGCGCAGGCCGACGCAGGCACACGGGAUAUAUUUGAUCACACGGCGGGCGAUCACGCCAUCUAUGCUGGCUACGACGAUCUCGGGGCGACGCUGAACGGGUGUGGGAGUGGGAUGGGAUCCGGUUGCAACCUGACUGAGCGAGGGUCGCUGCGCGGGGAGCUGGGCGCGUGGGAACUGGGCGCGCUGCGGUCGAUCCUUGCCGAUGUGGAGCUGCAGACGCUCCUGGGGCGCGAACAGCACAAGCUCGAGCAGCACGCGGCGGCGUCCACCCUCUCGCCGGACACCGUCGUCGAGGCGCGGUGGGAUGCGCACCCGCAGCUGCACGAGAUGGCACUGCACCUCCUCAAGCAGCAGCCCGUGAGCGGCUGGCUUGGUGAGCUUUCGCGGGGCACGACUCGAAUCAACAACUACCAGAUCAACAUCGGCUCGCCCUACUCUGGCACUUCCCUGCACUUCCACUACUCAGCCGUGAGUGUGCUACUGCACGGCCGGAAGCGGUGGUCUCUGUUCCCGCCCGCCGAUGCAUCCUACAGCACUGCCCACUUUUUCGACGACUUUGAGCUCGCCCGCCGCGGUGACUUCGGACGCCAGCUCGAGUGCACGCAGCAGGCUGGCGACGUGCUUUUCGUGCCCAGUAUGUGGGGACACGGCGUGCUCUACGAGGAGAACUCAGUUUCGGCGUCGAUCCUUUAUGACGCAUGA